UAGCUCUCAGGGCUCAACUAGCCAGCGCUAUUGAAAUGGCUUCCUAUUCCUUACUGCGAAAUAUAGAGAAAAAUCUAGUUUCUGAGUCGACAAAAGUAUCAACUUAUCAGAGGGAGUUCAAAGGUAUGCGGUUAAACAUCUGGGUUGCUAUAAAAUGGCCCACGAAGAAACCAAAACCAGUGGAACAUGAGCCUGAACCAGUAGAACUAUCGUUUCCAUCAAUGAAAGUAUCAGUGAAACUACCGAAAAUAAUAGACGGCUCCUGUAUCUGCGUGCGCGCAGCUCGAUCCGAAAUAGAUCUUCUUAGCGAACGUUCGCAAAGUUUCGCUCUAAAAUCUGAUAUUCCGAAACGAUAUGAAGAUCUCUUUUCAUUCAAUGUGAAAGAACUGCUUGAAUCUCAAAAACUGAAAAAGUCACAGGACGAGGCGAGAACAAAGUUCUAUAGGGAAGUUCGUGAGAGAGUGCGUGAAUUGGAGGCUAUCAUCAAGGCUAAUGUAUACCUGCAAAAUCUAAAAGAAAAAGAGGAAUUGGAUAUUUUGAACAUGUCUGAGGCACCUUACGUGUCCCCACCGAGAGUGUGCAUAGCCACCGAAUGUGAAAUCGAUUUUAAAAAGUAUUUGCGGUCGUGCAAACCCAGGAUACGAAUUGGCGAACUAAAUCUGAGGCGAUAUAGGAUCUGUGGUGGAGUUCUCAAUCUGGAUUUGAUAGUGACUCCUCCACAGCCGAAACGGAUGCGGCAUUCAGUUAUUGUGACUACAUUACAACUACCAAAAUGUUUGGCUGCUGUAAAAUACCAAGUGCAAUACAAGGCCCCGGGACCCCCACCACCGGGGGUCACACGGACCCCAGAGGAGAUUGAACAGGAGAUCAAAAUGGUUGAAGCUCAAUAUGAAAAGUUAGCCAUGGUCUUUAUUGAUCUCCCUCAAGAUGUGAUGUGGAAUGAGCCGCCCGUGGUGUGUCAAUGGCACGACGCUCGCAAAAUCUGGACGUCCAACUAUGUGAAUGAUUAUAAGUUUAAUGAAGACAAACUGACUAUACAGUUCCGAACUGGAGUUCUUUGGCCCAUUGGUAUCGCGACCUUGAGAUACAGUAACCUGCCGUACCAAGCAUGGGAUAUUAAACCGGAUCCAGAUGGACGCGGCGUACUGAUCACGGUGACGGGUCUCUGUGUGACCGUCACAUUCGUCUGCGUCAGUAACUGGGUGAAGCUGAAGUCUAUUGCCAACGCCUCCACGGCAGCGCUGUCUGAACACUUCAACAAGCGUUACUCCGUGAAACAGUUGGUUCGGAUAAUGCGUGAAGCUGCCUGCGACUUCUUCCCAGACUUCGACGGCCACAACCACGUGAAAGGGUCGUCUCCUAAGGAAUGGGUGAUGGAGAGGCACACGUACCAUGCCAUGGCAUUCCUGUCCAGGGCUUAUAACUUCCAGUCUAGCAGGUACAGAGAUUACGGAUGA